AUGUCUUGUGAUUCUAGUAGCCCCACUCCCAAUUGUGAUGAUUCAUUGUCAACAAAUUCCCGUUAUGCGUCCAAAAGUGAUCAUUUCUCACUUGAAGUCGAACAAGUUCGUUGGUUUUAUCGUGAUUCCAAUAACAAACGCUGGAAACCGUUUAUUGGUUUUGACUCCAUCAAUCUGGAGUUGAAUUAUCGAAGCCGCCUUGGCUGUAAUACAAGUGACUAUGAGUUUAACCAAGUUGCGCCCGUAGUAUGCAACUCAGAAUGGUCUGCUGUCAAUCACAAGGUGUAUGUAAGGGGUGGAUUAUAUGAAGCGGAUAUAGAUAGGCGAUGUUGUGUACCUAUUUACUGGCCUGAUGAGAAGUGUCCCACACGUAUUUUGCGUGGUACUUGGUAUCGUGAAGGCCAUAAUGGUACCCUUGAACCUCUCGAUGAUGAGUCAAUGGCUGAGCGUUUAGAAGCGGAGCACAUCACCUGCCUUUUGAGAAAAGCUCGGAAUAUCGCCAUUCCAGAUAAAUCCUUGUGCUCGGACGGCAGUUUAUUCACAAGAUCAAACAGCACACCUGUUCAUUCCGUAGUUAGUGCUCCAACUCUUCAGUAUACGUAUAUUACAACAAAGGGUGAACCGGUCACUGGAACAUACCAGUCCUGUGAUUUUAAAAAUGAAGAUUUUGCAAAUGGAAAAAAAACCCACUCAGAUGAUAACAUAUGUGGUCCCACUGUACUUAAGAAACGAGUUCCUUAUCAAACGAUUCACUUCACUGACUGUCAUGUCGACUGGUAUGAUGAAAAUGAGUUGUACCUUUAUUACGAAUCCACUAGCCUAUAUAUCAGACAAAAAUUAGGAAUGCAGAAAGUAGGUACUCGUUUAUGUCGUGGUUUCAAUGAUUUAGCUCGUAAAGAGGACAAAAUUCCGGAUAUUUCUCACCUUUGUUUUGUUAUCCAUGGGAUCGGUCAGAAAAUGGCUACUAACCCAAUUGUAAACAAUUGUAAUGAGCUUCGUGAUACAUGUGACAAAAUAAAAACUCGUUACUUUUCACAUUUGGAUAAAGAAAAUAAACGUGUUGAAUUUCUACCAGUUGAAUGGCGAACUGUUUUACAAUUAGAUGGUGAUACAGUUGAAUCAAUCACUCCUGUUCAUCUUCGAGGACUUCGUACAGUCUUGAAUAGUUCUGUUAUGGAUAUUAUGUAUUAUACUAGUCCUUUAUAUCGAGCUGAAAUUAUCGGCAGUUUAAAAAGUGAACUCAAUAGACUAUAUACUAUGUUUUGUCGAUUAAAUCCUAAUUUUGAAUGUCACGGUGGAAAAGUUUCUAUAAUUGCUCAUUCUCUUGGAUGUGUCCUAGUUUAUGAUUUAAUUACUGGUUGGAAUCAAGUCCCUGAUAAUGAUCCAUUAACUGAAAUCUUAUUCAAUAAAUCAACUGAUAAGAAUAUACUUUUCAAUUCAACUUCUUCAAAAUUGUCAGAUAUUACAGCUAAAACUUUACCAAACAAUAACUUAAAUGUACUUCAUACUGAUCAUGGACUAUCGCCGAAUGGAAAUUUAGAACAAAUUGCUCGUGUGAAUAUUCGACUAGAAACUGCUAGGACAUUGGUGAAUAAUUUAGAACAAGAAUUAAAUAGAUUGUUAUUUACGCGUGAGAAUCACAUGAAUUAUAAUACUCAAAAGUCAACUGAUAGUAGUAGUCAUUGUGACCACCAGUCAAAAUGUAAUAGUCCUUCAAUAAUGUCUCAAAACUCCUUAUCAUAUCAACAAAAUCCGUUAUUGUUUGCAAAUAAUCUAGAAAACCUUUUCUGCUUGGGCUCACCAUUGGGUGUGUAUCUGGUUUUGCGUGGUAUCCGUCCUGGUCCUUACCAAACGCAAGAUUCAAUACUUCCUCGAAAAAUAUGUCCCCGUAUUUUCAAUAUUUACCACCCAGCCGAUCCUGUCGCCUAUCGUUUAGAACCAUUGAUUUUAAAAUACUACUCUACUAUCCAACCAGCUAUGAUUCAUCGAGCUGAUGCUCUCUCCAAACCAUGCUAUGACACGCUUCCUUUGCUUGAAUAUUCUGGUAAAGAGUAUAAACACCCAAAACCACAAAAUUGUUAUCAACAAUCAACGAAAAACAAUUGUCCGGAUACAAAUCAAUUUAUAACCACAAACGAGAUGGAUUCCUCUAAAUAUUUAUCCAUUGCUAGUCGACUUUUCGGUUUCUUCUCACGAACAUCAUAUUUAUCUGGUGGAAACCAAGAUACAGAAGAUGUUAGUCUUAAUGAUUCCGACAAAACCUACAACCAUGACAAUGAUGAUCAAAUCAAUUCUAUCAAUAAAAAAGAACAAGAAACAACCAAUUCUCUUAGUUCAUCAUUAUCAUCUACAACAGAUUUCAUGCAGAAUGAUUCGUAUUUUGAUGAACCAUUACAACUUGAACAUCGAUUAGAUUUUGAAUUACAAGCAUCACGCUAUGAGAAUAUGUACAUUUCUUUGUUGACUUCACAUACUAACUAUUGGACUAAUACAGAUAUUUGUAUGCUUUUCAUGACAUAUUUCUUCCCAUUAGAGGCCCGGUCCAACUGAUUCAAACACAUACACACACACAUAUAUAUAUAUAUAUAUAUUUUUUCCAUUUGUAUGUUUAUCUUUAAAAUACAGAUUUAUUGUUUGUUUGUUUUUUUCUCAAAAGAUAACUCAUUCCCACUGAAUGUUGCGUCAUCAUAUAAAACAAUGCACAUUCUGUUUAUGACCCAGUGCAGAUUAUUCAUUUCAUUUUCAAGUCUUUCGAGAGUUAUGUACCCAUGUGCGUUUGUUGUUAUUGUUGUUGUUGUUGUCAUCGUCGUUGUCCACAACGUCAUUCUAUUCAUUGUUUUUAUGUGUUCUUUUUUAAUUGAAAUCAAUUGAUUAUUCUUAAAUGUAAACUAAACAUUUUUUUUGCAUAAUUGUAAAUUAAUUUUUUCUUAAAAAAAGUUGAUUCUCUUAACAUAUCAUUUAUUUAUUUACUUAUAUUUACUGAUUUAUUUAUUUAUCAAAUGAGCGUUUUUUUCAUCAUGAUAAAUUUUUUUUCUUCAAUAAUUCAUGAUUCAACAAUAUAAUUGUGACUUUUCAUUAAUUUAUUAUAUAGAUUGUAGAUUGUAGUCAACAUUUUGAAUUGAGAUUAUGCCCUAUUGUGUGUUGUUAAGCGAUUGUUUCAAUUUAAUUUUUCGAUGUAUAUAUGUAUGUUUGCGAUACACCACCCAGCACAGCUAAUUAUUUUGAGUGUGAGAAAAUCAAAAAAAUAGAUAGGAAGCUUUGACUAAUUGUAUACACACAUUAACUCAUUCAUUGAUAUAGAUAUUAUGUACUUCAGAAAUUAAGGCAG